AUGAUGCAAUCAGAGAUGAACUUUCAGACCUUCUGGCCAUGCCUGAAUGAAACAAAUUCAACUUUGGAUACAAAUGAAUACACUGAGCAGAUGGGGAGCUCUGAAUUUUCUUCGAUUUUCAUGCCAUCGGACGAAUUUUCAGAAACUUCUAAUUCUUUUCCAUUUUCAACCAUGUUUUCUGGUGAAUCUGAACAACUUGCAGAUUGUGAUCAUCUCCUGCAAGCCACAUGGAUGGCGGAAGAGGAAUUUACCAUAGAGUUGGGAGGAUUCGAGACGAAUUAUUUGAUGGGUGAGAUAGAAAAUAUGUAUGCCUCAUGUGUGGAAGGCAGUGAGGGAAGCAAUACUCUUCCUUCACCGCAAUUUUCUGUUGAAGGAAAUGGUGUGUGGAGUCCAAACUCUUUUGUGACUUCUGAGGCAUCCUCCAUGGAUGUGACAUCCGUCCAACAAUCAAUAACCCUGGCGAGAGACGAGAUGGAAAUCAACAGCGAAGUGAGAAUUCGCCAUAUGCUCAAGGCGUUCAACGAGGCCAUGGAGAUGGGGCAGAGGAAGCUAGAGGAGGUAAUCAUGAGAUUCCUUGCGGAGAAAGUAAACCCACUUGGUCAAUCUCUUGAGCGCCUUGCAUUCUACUUAUGUCUAGGAUUUGUUGAUAAUCAGCAGGGAGACUAUUUGAAACAAGAAUCCUUCAAGAAUUUUGAGGACGCUUUCAACAUGUUCUACCAAAUCUUCCCUUUUGGUAGAUUUGCUCACUACGCAGCAAACACCGCGAUCCUCGAGGCUGUCCCGGAGGAUGUAGAGACGGUUCAUGUAGUGGAAUUUGAUAUCGGUGAAGGGGUUCAAUUGCCUCAGCUGAUUGAGGCUGUGGCAAAGAGAAACAAAACACUUAAAGUGACAGCAAUUAAAUGGGAUGUGGAAGAGAGUGAUGAGGUUGCUCCUCCACAGUGGAGAUUUGAGGAGACGAAAAGGCAACUCCAGCAUCACGCAAGGUCAUUCGGGCUAAACUUGAAGGUGGAGGAGAUCCCGAUUGAGGAUUUGGUGAGCAAUCAAAAAGGUGAACAAGAGAGGGGGAAUGAGAGAAUUUCUAGCCUUCAACUCUAUGGUGGGGCUUCCUCAUAUGAGGAGGAGAAGAAGCAGAGGACUUCUCAUGGAAUUCCUAAGGCUAGCUAA